GGGCGUGGCAGCGGAUCUCGUACGUCCCUGCGCGCUCUCGAUCACCUGCACACGCACACCUUCAGCACCUGCGUCCAGAAGUCGGCGCGCUCUAGACAUGUUCACGUUGACGUGACCGAAAUAAUAAAUAAAAAUAAAUCGCGCGAUGAUCGUCACCUGGAGGUUCCUGUCCGUGUUGAGUCUGGUGAGUUACACAAAGUCCCAAUGCUCCUCGACAUCCUAUUACAGGAACUGCUGGAUCCGGCGCUUUCCGGGGCUGCACGUGGACGCGGAUGAGUCGCAGCGCAGAGGCGCGCAGCUGCUGCGGCUUUACCGCGAAGAGAGCGCGCAGAACUGCAGCCGAGCCUGCUGCCUCACCUCCAACUUUUCCUGUAACGUGGCUGUGUUUCAUUACAACACCACUCAGGACAGUGUCAAUUGCUUUCACCUCCACUGCCCUUCGCUGCAAAGCUGUGCACUCCAUCAAAGGGCCAAUGUCAUCCUGUUCAAUGUUACCAAAGGCAUGGAUCCUGACUUGUUGAUAUUUGGAAACCUUUUCCCCUCUAAUGUCCAAGUGCUACCUCACCUGGCCUCACUUAACACCUCUGACUUGUCUGGUACAGACAAACGUCAGUUCAACCGGCCUCAAGUAGAGCCCAGCAGCCCAGCCCAUCCAACUCUUCCUGCCACUAGCCCCAAAACAUCUACUAACGCAACAACAUCCAACAUUAGCAUCUCGACUCCUCCUCCUUUGCCUGUUUACACCACCCAAGAUAACCAAGGCACACUUCCUACUUCAGCAAUACAGAGAUCUACAACCUUGAAGCGAUCAUCUCAACUCAUUUCUACUCGUAUUGUUACCAAUCCCUUAACGGACCCUAGUAUAAUUUCUACCACAAAGGCAUCCCCACCACCAAGUAGUACUGUGCAACCUUCAUUCAGCUUUACGAACAGGCAAACAAGCUCAAUGCCCCAACCUGUACAUACUUUCAGGACCACUUUUUCACCUUUACAACUAUCCAGUCAGGUCACAUCAAGCUCACCAUUCUCUUCCCAAGGAGCUGAAAUCACAAGAAGAUAUACUAUCAGUCAUUCCACAUCCACACAGUUUAAAACCCUGCCAAUUUUAUCCAUUAGUACCAUUAGUAGUGGUCAUACCACAUCAACCACACCUGGCCCUUUCUCGGAUACUCUGGAAACUACGACCACAUUUGUCCACCUCACAAUUACUUCUCAAAGUAGGACAGGAGCAACUCCAAGCUUGUUUUUUCCUCUCCCAAAUAGUCUGCAAAGUAUUACAGGAGAGGCUACCACAAUGUCUGCCCCCCUCUCAAGUGCUCCACAUAGUAUUACGGUAGAGACUACAACCACACCUGACCCUCUCUCAAGUAUUUUGCCUGUUGAUCUGUCAAGUAUUCCCAAAAUUAGUACAAAACAAACUAUCACAAUGCCUACACUCUUAUCAGAUACUCUACCAAUUAGUACACAAGAGAGUACAAUCCCAAGUGGUAAAGGGGAGACUACAACCAUACCUGUACCUCUGCCAAGUAUUCUGCAAAGUAGUAAAGAGGAGACUACAGCUCAUACUACCCUUUCUACGGCCCAGCUAAGCCCCUCAAAUGCUCCCUUCACUUCAACUCCUCUUACUCCUCCAAAAACCACAACAGGGUAUGUAACAACAGGACAAGUGAAGACUAAUAGCCUCACAACCACCUCCUGGUCCCAUAAUCACUCGCAGAUAACAGCAUCUCCUCCAAUGGGAAAAAGGAACACUCCAUUCCCAACGACAGGUUCUCAAUCGGCUUCCACUGAUGUUUCCUCAACCACAAUCGGACCGACCGCUUUAAAUAUCCACCACUCAACUACAGCAUCUCCAGAAACCAAUUCGGGGCUAAACACCUCACCAACACCCCCUUCCCUCGUAGAGGACAGCCAGCCCUACCUCAAUGACACCAAAGGUUAUAUUAGCCGUAACAUCACAACAGGUAACAGUCAACAUCCAGUAAGCGAUGGAGGAUUGACGCAAGCAUGGCAUCUGGCAGCCAACACUGUCCUGGUGACCUUGGCAACCUGUGCAGCUUUAGCUUGUGGCUGCUGUUGUUCCGUGUUGAUGGCAGCGAGUUGGAGAGGAAGGAGGAGGAGGAGGAAGGGGAGAUACCAGACCACGCUAAUAGGUAAUAAGGGCUCCAUGCGCCUCAUCAAAUAUGUCUUCGUGAGGGAGAGCUCAUGAAUCAGGUUCUUUAGACACUUUUGUCAGUUUUUCCGCAAAUGCCACUUUUGUCGAACCCUGUCGCACAAUCACAGCUACUUUGAACAAAAGAUGUCCAGAUUUAAAGAAUCCAGAAUUCUUAUUAUAUUAACUUGCACAAAGACACUAUUCAAUGUGUUUUUUUUUUUUUUUGUCCCAAAUAAAAGCAAUAUGGCCAUUAUUGACCAAAAUUGGAUACAAAA